AUGAGUCCUUUUCCCUCUUCGAUAUAUUCCCAGAAGUGGGAUUACAAGCAGUGGGACAAGGUAUCUUCCAAGAACUCAGCCAAAUCCUGUGCAUUCAACAUGAAAGCAACUGUUGAAGAUGAAAAACUUCAAGGCAAGAUCAAUGGUGAGGACAAACAGAAGACUGUUGACAAGGGCAACGAAAUCACCAACUGGCUUGAUAAGAAUCAGACUGCUGAGAAGGAAGAAUUUGAACAUCAGCAGAAAGAGAUGGAAAAAGCCUGCAACCCAAUCAUCACUAAGCUGUACCAGAGUGCAGGAGGCAUGCCGGGAGGAAAGCUUGCGGGCUCCCCUGGUGGUAGAACCCCUCUAUCUGGGAGAGGCUCCUCAGGACCCACCAUUGAGGAGGUUGAUUAAGCCAACCUCUUGCAUAGAUGUAGCAUUGUUCCACACAAAAUACUGAAGGACCCACAUUUG